AUGGCAAUCAGCAAGUGUUAUAAGACAAGAGAGGGUAUUGGCAAGUCUGGUCUGAUCAUGGCAUUCUGGCUGUACUACUUACCCAUGGCAACAGUCUGGCUCAAGCAAGAUAGAGUACAAGGUCCUGACAAGCCAGGUAAAUCAGGUGGUCAGGACAAUCCAGGUAAAUCAGGUGGUCAGGACAAUCCAGGUAAAUCAGGUGGUCGGGACAAGCCAGGUAAAUCAAAAAGUCAGGACAAGCAAGGUAAAUCACAAAGUCAGGACAAGCCAGGUAAAUCAGGUGGUCAGGACAAGCCAGGUAACUCACAAAGUCAGGACAAGCCAAGUAAAUCACAGAGUCAUGACAAGCCAGGUAAAUCACAAUGUCAGGACAAGCCAGGUAAAUCACAAUGUCAGGACAAGCCAGGUAAAUCACAAUGUCAGGACAAGCCAGGUAAAUCAGGUGGUCAGGACAAGCCAGGUAAAUCAGGUGGUCAGGACAAGCCAGGUAAAUCAGGUGGUCAGGACAAGCCAGGUAAAUCAGGUGGUCAGGACAAUCCAGGUAAAUCAGGUGGUCAGGACAAGCCAGGUAAAACAGGUGGUCAGGACAAGCCAGGUAAAACAGGUGGUCAGGACAAGCCAGGUAACUCACAAAGUCAGGACAAGCCAGGUAGAUCACAAAGUCAGAACAAGCCAGGUAAAUCACAAAGUCGGGACAAGCCAGGUAAAUCACAAAGUCAGGACAAACCAGGUAAAUCACAAAGUCAGGACAAACCAGGUAAAUCACAAAGUCAGGACAAACCAGGUGACCCUCCCAGUACUAGUCAUGUGUCAGGUGACCCUCCAGGACUAGCCAUGUGUCAGGUGACCCUCCCAGUACUAGCCAUGUGUCAGGUGACCCUCCAGUACUAG